ACAUUUAGAUGAUUAUAAUCAAAUUGAUUUUAGUUCUAUUUAUUCAAAAACUAUUUUAAAAUUUGAAACUGAAAAAUUACCAUUAUUUAGAAAAUGUAUUAAUGAAGGUAAACCAUUAUUAGUAUUUAUGUUUAAUGGAGCUGCUACUAAUGAAGGAUUAAAUACUAUUAUGAAUAUUAAAAAUUAUUUACCCAUUAAUGGUCAAUUGACUAGUUUUUCAACAUUUUUUGAUACUUUUGCCAAAGAUUGGAUUGCCAAUGUUAAUUAUGAAAGUUUAAUUAAAUCAAUCUUUUGUACAACUAAUGUGGAUUCAUUAGAAGAAAGUUAUUGCUUAAGAAUUAAAGAUAAUAAAUCAUUACAUAUCUUCCCUGCCUUUUAUGAUAUUACCAAAUUUAUUGCUGAUAAGGCCAAUAAACAUUUACAAAAAUUAAAGACUGCAAAUACCAAUCCAGGGGUUUCAAAAAGAGAAGUUGUAAAUGAUGAUGAAAAUUCAGAAAUUGAAAGUCAAGCAUUUAGACAAAUUCAUAAUAGGUUAUCUAAUGUUGCUGAUCAUGUUGGUGAAGUAACCUUUGAAUUAUCUACUGAUCCCAAACCAGUGUUUGAAAGAUUAGAUGAAAGAAUCGAUCAAAAACUUGAUUCUGCUUUUGAAAAGAUUAAUGCUUAUCCUAAUCGAUUAAAUGCCAAAAAGGAUUCUCUAAAGGAAAGAAUAGAUGCUAAAAAGGAUAAUAUUAAAGAAGAAUUUGAUUUAUCAAAAAUGGUUUUAGAUGAAAAGAAGACAAAUUUUGAAAAUAAGCUUAGACAAGCUUUUACAUCAAGAUUAAAGAAGUAUAAAUUUAAACCUCAUAUUUUUGAAAAAGUUAAACAACAAAUGCAAGACUCUGAUGAUUUUUCAGAUGAUUAUUAUUAUCAACAAUUACAUCAACUUGAGUUAGAGCAUCAACAAGAAGAUGAACAAGAAACACAUCAAUUAGAUCAACAACAACAACAAGAGGAAGAAGAAGAAGAGCUUCAUAGAUAUGAAAAUGAUCCUGAUCAUGAUUAUGUUAGUAAAAGAAGUACUUUUUUUGAAAUCGAACAAGAUAAUUUAAAACAUAAACAUAUUGAAGGAGGUUUAGUAUUACCAUUAUCAUUAAUUAAAAUUCAAGAAAGGUUUAUUGAAUCACCAAGAAAUAAAAGAUUUAGUCAAAUUGUAUUUGAUAUUAAAGAUGAUCCAUCUCAUGAAUUUGAAUCUAAUCAAAGAUCUGAUUUAAAACGAGUUUUCCAUAAACGAGAUUCAAUUUAUAGUGAAGAUGAAGAUUGUCAAAAGAUUACUUGGUAUAAUAUUUUUCAUUAUAGUAUAUUUGGUAAACCCAAAUUUUGUAUUAAUCAAUAGUUAUUAUAUUGCUUGGAAAUAAAAAUAUGUAUAUGUAUUUUUUUUAUGAA